AGGCUGAAACAUUUCAACAUGGAAAAGGAGUCCAACAUGAAGGCGCACAGAACGGACAACUAUAAAAGCAGCAAUCUCAUCCUCAGAAGGGGGCAAGAAUUUAGAAUCCAACUUCACUUCAAUAGACCCCUCCAGAAAGGAGACAAGGUGGAAUUCAUUGCCGGCACAGGCCCCGCCCCAGAGGAAUCUCAAGACACACUUGCUGUCUUUCAACUCUCCGGGUCCAAAAAGGGCAAAACCUGGAUGGCUUCAAUAGACUCUGGCUCCUCUGCUGAAGUGAAGGUCACCAUUAAGACUCCUUCAGGGGCACCGAUUGGGCCUUACAAAAUGAGUUUGUACAUCUCCUCAAAAAGGAAGAAGAGUUAUUUUAGAUUGGAUGAUGUCAUACUAUUGUUCAAUCCUUGGGCUAAAGAUGACGUGGUCUACAUGGAGAAAGAGGAUGAAAGACUCGAAUACGUUUUAAAUGACAACGGAAUCAUUUAUUUUGGUCUCGUUGACUACUACAUUGACGAAUCGGGAUGGAAUUAUGGGCAAUUUGAAGAAGGCAUCUUGGACAUCUGUUUCCAGGUCCUGAAUAGAAGUUUAAACUAUCAAGAAGAUGGAGUUGUGGACUGUGCAAAGAGAUAUGAUCCUGGCUAUGUGGGCAGGGUGGUCAGUGCCAUGAUUAACAGCUUUGAAGAUGAAGGAGUAUUAGAAGGGAAAUGGUCUAGUAAAUUUACAGGUGGGGUUAAUCCUGAGGAUUGGAACGGCAGUGUGGACAUCCUCAGAAUGUGGCGUAAAAGAGGCUAUAGACCAGUCAAAUAUGGACAGUGCUGGGUCUUCGCUGGAGUCAUGUGCACUGUUCUUCGAUGUUUGGGAAUACCGACCAGAGUAGUGACCAACUUCGUUUCAGCUCAUGACAAGGAUGGGAAUCUGAGCAUCGAUACUCUGUACAGUAAAAGAGGAAAAGCAAUGAGUAAAGACUCAUUAUGGAACUUCCAUGUUUGGAAUGAGAGCUGGUUCUCUAGAAGAGAUUUAGGUCCACGUUACGGAGGGUGGCAAGUGCUGGAUUCCACACCACAGGAACUAAGUGGAGGAGUUCACUGCUGUGGUCCAGCCUCAGUCCAUGCCAUCAAAGAAGGAGACGUUGACCUUGAUCUUGACGGCCCGUUUAUUUUCUCAGAAGUCAAUGCUGACUGCAUUACAUGGAUCUACUACGACAAGGAUCUAAAGGAAAAAGUCUACACUGACCGCGAAAAAGUGGGAAAAAACAUCAGCACCAAAGCUGUGGGGAGUGAUACACGGAUCGAUAUAACAGAAACCUAUAAAUAUCCGGAAGAGUCUGAAAAGGAAAGAUUAAUUUAUUUGAAAGCUUGCAAAAAGUUAAAAGAAAUGGGCAUCAUCAAUAAGGACGAUGCCAAGAAACGGGGCGUUGGAAAAAGACGUCGCAAGAAAAGGUCUGCUGGAUCUGCGUCUGACGACCUAGAUGAUGAGAAGGAAGAAUUCGACAUUCAAGGGAGAUUUGAGGUGAAUUCCUCCUCAAAGCUUGGCGAUGACAUCAAGCUGACGCUGCACCUAAAGAACACCACUAAAAAGAGUCAACCCCUUAAAAUCAAGUUAAGCUCCACUACCAUUGAAUACACUGGCAGACCCUAUUCUGAAGUGUAUUCUGAUACUGCUGAUCUUACUGUGCCACCCAAGAAAGAGAAAACGCUCUCCCUGAGUAUACCUUCUUCAGAUUACGAAUACGAAUUGACAAGCCAUCAUCUUAUGGAAGUCGUCGCUUUAUGCGAAUUGAAAAAUGGAAAGAAAAUGCUCAUCCGUAAAGUUGUUUUUAUUGAGAGGCCUCAUCUGGAAAUCCAGAUCUACGGCUCCGCAAUUGUAAACUUGCCAUUGGAGGUGGAGGUUAUAUAUGCAAACCCCUUAUCUAAAGUGCUAAAAGAUGCGAUGUUAGUCUUUGGUGGAAGCGGCCUGGUCGAGAGAACGCUAAGGAAAAAGGUGCCCAUGCUGGAGCCCAAAGAAUCGGGCAGAAUGUUUGUGAGUCUCACACCGUCUCAAGCAGGAAGCCGACAGCUCACAGUGGAUUUCACUUCCAAACAGUUCACAACUAUUAAAGGAUUUCACAAGAUACAGGUGAAAGAAGCCGCCGAAAAACAUGAGGAGGGUGAAGGCCACGAAGAGGAUGAGGAAGAGGAUGGGGAAGGUGAAGCGUCUGAGGACGGUGAAAUGCACGAAGACGGUGAAACAUGUGAUGAGGAAGAAUGUGAGGAGGAAGAAGUCUAUGAAGAUGAAUUAGAAUGAACCAGAUGUCCGUAACUGAACCAUGUACAGAUGUAGCAGAGUUCAGUUUGUCAGUUGCAUCAUUAGAAUCAUUUUUUUAAAUCAACUGAUGCCAGAAAGUCAAACAGAUUUGUAAAUUACUUCUAUUUAAAAAUCGUA